CUGACCAUGCUGUCGUUGUCGAUGAAGGAGGCACUGAUUCGCCUGAAAGAUGGCAGUUUAUCAGCAAAAGAACUUUGUGAGAAGUGUGUUGACAGAGCUGUAAAGACAAGGGAGAUAAAUGCCAUUAUCACUCCAAGGUACAGCCAGGCUAGGAAACAGGCUGAGAAGGCAGCCCAAACAUGGUCCAGGACAGGCAAGCCAUCAACAUCAGCCAGGAAGCUUGAGGGGCUUCCCAUUGUAGUCAAAGACAAUUUCUGUACAAAGGGUGUACGUACUACCUGUGCCUCCCACAUGUUAGAGAACUAUGUGCCACCUUACUCUGCAACAGUGGUUCAACGACUCCUUGAUCAAGGGGCUGUACUCAUGGGCAAGAGCAACAUGGACGAAUACGGAAUGGGGUCUGGUAGUGUAGAUAGCAUAUUUGGCCCAGUACGAAAUCCAUGGCAAUAUGAGUUUACAAAUACACAGACAUCCUCUGAUGGAAAUACCUCGACCACUAACCCACUGACGCCCUCACAGUCCUCCAGGGAGGCUGUAGGCAACAGGGGAUUCCAUAAAUCUGUACACUCAGAGACAGAGGCUGAAGACUCCAGGGAUGAGGGAGAGUGGCACGUUGCCGGGGGUAGCUCAGGAGGUAGUGCAGCAGCUGUAGCUGCAGGAGUAUGUUUUGGUGCCCUGGGGUCGGAUACUGGUGGAUCUACACGUAAUCCGUCCUCCUACUGCGGAGUCGUGGGACUGAAGUCUUCCUACGGCCUUCUAUCGAGACAUGGAUUGAUCCCUCUAGUCAACUCACUGGAAGUACCGGGCAUCAUUGCUAGAUCUGUAGAUGAUGUCAACACACUACAAAAUAUAAUGGCAGGAACAGAUGAACAUGAUUCAACCACAUUAACAGAUGAUCGCUUCAAGAUUUCCGACCUUCCAGAUGAUAUAGAUGUUAAACAUUUACACAUCGGAAUCCCAAAGGAAUAUCAUGCCCCAGGUCUGUCUCCCGAGGUUUUAGAUUACUGGAGGCGUGCGACGGACAUGUUUGAGCGUGCAGGUGCAAAAGUGACAGAGGUAUCCCUGCCCCAUACCCAGUACUCUAUACUGUGUUAUAUCGUGCUAUGCUGCUGUGAAGUUGCCUCAAACAUGGCCAGAUAUGAUGGAAUUGAGUUUGGUCACCGAGGGGAACAUGAACUAUCUACAGAACAACUGUAUGCUACAUCUCGACAUGAAGGGUUCAAUGAAGUCGUCCGUGGCAGAAUAUUUGCUGGAAAUUAUUUUCUCUUAAGGAGGAACUAUGAGCAGUACUUUCUCAAAGCUCAGCGUGUUCGUCGUCGGAUCAAAGAUGACUUUACUCGUGUGUUUGAUGAGGGAGUUGAUGUCCUAUUGACCCCUACAACACUCACAGAUGCUCCACGCUACAACUGGUUUACAGCGGCCGAUAACAGUACCAGAAACGAGGAACAGGAUAUCUUCACCCAGCCCGUCAAUAUGGCUGGAGUUCCAGCAGUGUCUGUUCCUGUUGGCUUGUCCUCGGAGGGACUGCCUAUUGGUCUUCAGUUCAUAGGUCAAAUGUUCAAGGACAAAGAAAUGUUGACUGUUGCUAAAUGGUAUGAACAGCAAGUGAACUUUCAACAUCUAAAUCUGGAUCAUUUAGAUGUUUGAAUUGACAAUGAUGAUAAGUAAGAAAGGCUAAGUGUUUGUAUGAACUAGUUAUUGUUACCAUCUUCAUAAUAUGAUGGUAUAAUCUGAUCUGUAUUGUUCCAAAAUUUCAAGAGGGAAGGAAGCCCAUUAUUGUUUCAGCAUUACCUAUUAAGCAAACUUUUCCUACUGUACGACAGCUUGUAAUUAUUUUGUCUGAAUAAAUUGAAUCAGUUUCUCAUAUAUACAAUUA